AGCCGCGUGCUCCCCGCAAGGUGCUGCAACCAUGGCUACGGCAGCCGGCGCUGCGGCCUACUUCCAGAGAGGCAGUCUGUUCUGGUUCACAGUCAUCACCCUCAGCUUUGGCUACCACAUAUGGGUUAUCGUCUGGCCUCAUAGUAUCCCUUAUCAGAGCCUUGGGCCUCUGGGCUCUUUCACUCAGUACUUGGUGGACCACCAUCACACCCUCCUGAGCAGUGGGUAUUGGCUUGCCUGGCUGAUUCAUGUGGGAGAGUCCUUGUAUGCCAUAGUAUUGUGCAAGCACAAAGGAAUCACAAGUGGUCGGGCUUGGCUACUCUGGUUCCUACAGACUUUCCUCUUUAGGAUAGCGUCUCUCAGCAUCUUGACUGCUUACAAACCGAAGCGCCAAAAACAAACUUGAAGAUGUCCGAGAGCCUGCUCUACACGUUUACAUUCAUGUUCACCUUUUUUGUGGGGGGGCGGGGGUAAGGGAGGUACAGUGUUUACUCAGUGAUCUUUCUACUUUCUAGAAUCUGACUGUCCUUCAAAGCUAUUUCAGACCCUCUCAUUAGUCAUUUUUCUCUUAUAUGCUCUGGUUGAGCUUGAAUAGACCAGUUGUUACUUCAAAAAGAAACAGAGAAAGAUUUUAGCUUUUCAGUUCGAUUUGGAAGAGGACUUCAGCUACCUUUUUAUGGCCUUUGGUUGUGUUGGGGCCCUUGUGUGCUCUAGGAUAAGCCACAUACUAAAUUGACUUUUUGGUUUGUAUACUCUUGCUCCCGUCUUCUGAUGAAAACACCUUACUAGGCCUACCACCAUCUUUCCUCUCCUUUCCCAAAGCUCUUUCCACCUUGCUGCACUAAGAUAAAGUGACACUUUCAACAUACAUCAAUUCCACACACAUUAAUUAAGUAACUGUGAGGCAGGAUCUUAUCCUCUCAAACUUCCAUUUCUCACCCUAUAGAGAAAGAUAAGGAAGAUGCGCAAGUGCCUGGAAUGGGGCAGGCUAAGUGGCCACAUAGGAGCACGCUGAGAACCCGGAGGGGAGGCUGCAGAGUGCCUUCCCUGAUGCUGCAGCUGGAAGUGAUCCUUCCCUCCACCUGACCCCUGGGACACUGCUCUGUAGUGUGUGGGGUCUGAUGGCACUGCUAGAUUGCUCCUUCAGCUCAGUCCACAGCUUAAACAGCUUUACCUUUCCUCUCAGCACCUCCCACUACCUUGCACACAAGUGCUCUAUCCAUGUUUAUUGAACAAAGGACAGAAACUGAUUUCACUCUCACUUGUUCAUUAUCAUUCCAAUUUUUAUGUGAAAAUGGCACAACCCAUUUGGGGUACUCUCAUCUCAAAAGAAAAGCACAAGACUACCUUUGACUGGUACCAGCAUUUUUAUGGGUUCCUUGGUGAGAAACCUUUAUCUUUUUCACACUUUUCUAUU